AUGCUGGACCGGUCCUUGAUCCAAGAAGGGUUUGAAUCUUUCCAUUUUAAUCCCUGCUUCAUGGAUUCUGUGAUGAUCUGCAACUCUUUUCUCUCCAGCUACUGAAGCCCGGAGGAAGUAACUCACACCUUCCCUCUAAAAGCCAAGAAAUCUUUCCAGGACUCCUUCCAUGUUUUUGUGGAUGAAAACACAACCUUUCGGUGCCGGCACCGUCAAAAGGAGCUCUCUGCUCUCUCCGAAGUGCAGCUUAAGGAUGACACCCACACUUCCUCUGUGGAGGUCACCGGAGAAAGUCUCUGCUAG